AUGAACAUGCUACUUCGAUGGAUCGCCUCCACAGCGUUGGUGGCAGCGAACCUGCGGUUCGCUGCAGCCGAAACGCAUCGUUUCAACUGGACCACUGGAUGGGGUAACUACAACGUUGACGGGACCUUGGAAAGACCGGUCAUUACAUGCAACGGAGUGUGGCCUUGGCCUGAGGUCAGAGUCAAGAAGGGCGACCGUGUGGAACUGUAUCUCAACAACGGGUUCGACGACCGUAACACUUCGCUGCAUUUCCACGGUCUGUUCCAAAACGGCACCAACCAGAUGGACGGGCCUCCUAUGGUCACUCAGUGUCCUAUAGGCCCUGGAGACACAUUCCUGUACAACUUCACAGUCGAAGACAAUGUCGGGACCUACUGGUAUCACUCUCACACGGCCGGACAAUACCAGGACGGUAUGCGUGGGUCCAUGGUGAUUGAAGACAAAGACUUCCCAUACGACUACGACGAGGACGUGACUGUGCAGCUCGGUGAGUGGUACCACGACGUCGCGGAUGUGCUCAACAGCAAGUUUCUCAGCGUCUACAACCCCACAGGUGCAGAACCGAUCCCACAAAACCUGAUCAUGAACAACACCCGCAACAACACCUGGGUCGUCAAGCCAGACACCACGUACAUGCUGCGUCUUGUUAACACCGGUGGAUUUGUGUCGCAGUACUUUUGGAUCGAAGACCACGAAAUGGAAGUCGUCGAAGUCGAUGGUAUCUACACAGAGCGCAACACCACCAACAUGAUUUACAUCACAACCGCGCAGCGUUACACUGUGCUCGUGCACACCAAGAACUCCACAGACCGCAAUUUCGCGGUCAUGCAGAAAUUCGACGACACCAUGCUUGACGUUAUCCCCGGCGAUCUCUUGCUGAACACCACCAACUACAUGGUUUACAACGAAAGCGCUCCUCUACCCACCGAGAACUUUGUGGAUGAACUCGACUUUGUUGACGAUUUCUACUUGGUGCCUUACCACAAGGAAGAAGCUUUGGGCGACCCCGAUUACCGUAUUACCGUCAACGUCACCAUGGACAACCUAAUCAGCGGUGUCAACUACGCCUUCUUCAAUAACCUUACUUACACGGCGCCAAAGGUGCCCGCGCUUUUGACUGCGUUGUCUGCCGGCAAAGACGCUGUCAACGCCGAAGUUUACGGUAGCAACACGCACUCGUACGUGCUGGGCAAAGACGAAAUCGUCGAAAUUGUUCUUAACAAUCAGGACACCGGUACCCAUCCUUUCCAUUUGCACGGCCACGCUUUCCAAACCUUGGUCCGUGAUGUCGGUUACGACGACGCUCUAGGCGAAGUGCCUCAUCCAUACCUUGAGGACGACCACCCAGAAUUUCCGGAAUACCCAAUGAUCAGAGAUACGCUAUACGUGAGACCUCAGUCCAACUUCGUUAUCCGUUUCAAGGCCGACAACCCAGGUGUGUGGAUGUUCCACUGUCACAUUGAGUGGCAUUUGACCCAAGGUCUGGCUUUCAUCUUGAUUGAGGACCCAGAGGGUAUCCAGGCACGCAGCUCUCAGCAACUAACUGACACCAGUUCCGGCGUAUGCAAAAACUUGGGCAUCCCCGUCGAAGGUAACGCUGCAGGAAACUCUGAAGAUUACAUGAAUUUGGCCGGAGAAAACGUUCAAGAGAAAUCCAUUCCAGAUGGCUUCACAGCCAAGGGUAUUGUGGCUAUGACUUUCUCGUGUCUGGCUGCUAUUUUGGGUCUCAUUGCCAUUGCCGUUUAUGGUCUCAUGGACUUGUCCAACGUUGAAGAGAAAGUGAUCAACGAACUGGAUCUCGACAUAGAUCAAGUUCUCGCCGAAGACUCAAACAGCGAAGAGCGCGAUUCGGAGCCAAAGCACAGGAACUCUUCAGAUUAA